GAGAGGAAUGAGAAGACUUAAGGUUCCAGCCUAUUGCGAUAUCCCUGUACAACUCCAGUAAGAAAAAGGAAGCCAAGACUUGGUACUGCUGAGAAAAGCUGAGAAAAACCACACCUUAAAUGCUGAGAAAAACCACACCUUAAAUGGAUGUGCUCCUUCCUCAUGUACCUAUCAUGGCCAUCACCUCAACUGUAAACUCUUUGGAGGCACAGGACCUUCUUCCUUGAGCUUUCUCUGAAACCCCUUCUGUAGGUGUGGGCACUACAAGGCUGAGGAAUCUUGCAAAUGUAAUGGCUGGAAAAACCCUAACCCACCUCCUACUCCUCCCAGGGCAGAUUUGCAGCAGACAAUUGUCAGUCUUACUGAACCAUGUCGCAGCUGUAGUCAUUCACUAGCUGCUCAUGUUUCUCACCUGGAGAAUGUGUCUGAAGAAGAAAUGAAUAGGCUGUUGGGGAUAGUGUUGGAUGUGGAAUAUCUCUUCACCUGUGUCCACAAAGAAGAAGAUGCAGAUACAAAACAAGUUUACUUCUACCUGUUCAAGCUUUUGCGGAAAUGCAUCUUACAGAUGGGAAAACCUGUGGUAGAAGGGUCUUUGGAAAGCCCCCCCUUCGAGAAGCCCAGUAUUGAACAGGGAGUGAAUAAUUUUGUACAGUACAAAUUUAGCCACCUACCAUCAAAGGAAAGGCAAACGAUAGUUGAACUGGCUAAAAUGUUUCUAAACCGCAUCAAUUACUGGCAUCUGGAGACACCUUUGCAGCGAAGAUUGAGAUCUCCUAAUGAAGACAUUGCUGGCUAUAAAGUGAACUAUACAAGGUGGCUGUGUUACUGCAAUGUUCCCCAGUUCUGUGACAGUCUACCUCGAUACGAAACCACACAGGUUUUUGGGAGAACUCUGCUACGCUCUGUCUUUACUGUUAUGAGACGGCAACUCCUGGAGCAGGCUAGACAGGAAAAAGACAAGCUUCCUCAAGAGAAACGAACACUAAUCCUCACCCAUUUUCCAAAGUUUCUAUCCAUGCUAGAGGAAGAGGUGUAUAGUCAGAAUUCUCCUAUUUGGGAUCAGGAUUUCAUGGUUUCCUCUUCUCGAACUGGCCAGCUAGGAAUCCAAACAGUUAUCAGUCCUCCCCCUGUGGCAAGGUCUGUUUCGUAUAGUGCAAGUCCUUCAUCUCUAGAACAGCCCAACAGCGGAAGUAUGAGUCCUGCUUGCAAAGUUUCUUCUUGCCAUGAUCCAGCUCUAGGAGAGAAGAGAAAGAACACUGAACCUUAUUCUCAGGAAGAUUCAAAAAGGCCCAGAGUUGUAGGAGAUAUUCCUAUUGAAUUGAUCAAUGAAGUGAUGUCAACAAUUACCGAUCCAGCUGCGAUGCUGGGGCCAGAGACUAACUUUCUGUCAGCACAUUCAGCCCGGGAUGAAGCAGCAAGACUAGAGGAGCGCCGGGGAGUGAUUGAAUUUCAUGUAGUUGGAAAUUCCCUGAACCAGAAGCCAAACAAAAAGAUUAUGAUGUGGCUAGUUGGCUUACAGAAUGUAUUCUCCCAUCAGCUACCCAGAAUGCCAAAGGAGUACAUUACACGCCUGGUCUUUGAUCCAAAACACAAGACCCUUGCAUUAAUAAAAGAUGGUCGUGUGAUUGGUGGUAUCUGUUUCCGGAUGUUCCCAUCUCAAGGAUUUACGGAGAUUGUUUUCUGUGCUGUGACUUCUAAUGAACAAGUCAAGGGUUAUGGAACUCACCUAAUGAAUCAUCUGAAAGAGUAUCACAUCAAACAUAACAUUCUCAACUUCCUCACGUAUGCAGACGAAUAUGCAAUUGGCUACUUCAAGAAACAAGGUUUCUCCAAAGAUAUUAAAGUACCAAAAGCAAAAUAUGUUGGCUAUAUCAAGGAUUAUGAAGGAGCCACUCUAAUGGGAUGUGAAUUAAAUCCAAGGAUUCCCUACACUGAAUUUUCUGUCAUAAUUAAAAAACAAAAAGAGAUCAUUAAAAAGCUGAUCGAAAGAAAACAAGCGCAGAUUCGAAAAGUCUAUCCUGGCCUUUCCUGCUUCAAAGAUGGAGUACGACAGAUUCCUAUAGAAAGCAUUCCUGGAAUUAGAGAGACUGGCUGGAAACCAAGUGGAAAAGAGAGAGGUAAAGAACCCAAAGAUCCAGAUCAGCUUUACAGCACAUUAAAAACCAUCCUGCAGCAGGUGAAGAGCCAUCAAAGCGCUUGGCCCUUCAUGGAACCUGUGAAGAGAACAGAAGCUCCUGGAUAUUAUGAAGUUAUAAGGUUUCCCAUGGAUCUGAAAACCAUGAGUGAACGACUCAAGAAUAGGUACUACGUGUCUAAGAAAUUAUUCAUGGCAGACUUGCAGCGGGUCUUUACAAAUUGCAGAGAGUACAACCCCCCUGAGAGUGAAUACUACAAAUGUGCCAAUAUAUUGGAGAAAUUCUUCUACACAAAAAUUAAAGAAGCUGGAUUAAUUGACAAGUGACAGUUGUUUUUCAGCGAAUCAGUAUGCCUAACUUAUAGGCACAGUAUGCUAUUCACCUUCAUGUAGAUUUGGGACUUAAUACAUGUAUGUUCAAAAAAACCUAUGUGUAUUUUAACUAGCACUUUUAAAAACCCUUUCAGUUUUGCAAACGUAUUAUACUGAAGUUACAGAAAAUGUUUAUUUUAUUAAAAUGAAGCUUUAUAAUGUAUUUAACAUUACUUUAAAACUUCUUUUGCAUACAUAUUUGCAGGUAUGGUCAAGAAUAGGCUUUUUAUUGGAUAUCUCCAAAACUUUCAUAUGGGAAUUUGCACAUGUUUGGGGAUUUGGAAUCAGAAAUUCCCAUACAAUGAAUGUUUUAGCUUAUCUAAUGCAGUAUAUAUUUGAAGAAGUUUUAUUUUUUUUCCAGUAAUAAAAAAACAUUAAGGGAAAAUUACAAUUUAAGAGGCACUGAAAUAUGUUUUGUCUCUACGUUUCAUUGUAGAGUCCUUUAUAUAUAUAUAUAUAUUAUUUUUUAAAAGAAACAGUCAGCUACUUGAGACACUAUGAGAGAAAAGCAACUUAUUCUGGAAAGGAAGUGCUUUGAAUCUUUAGGAAAAAAUCCUACAUAGAUGGAAACUUUUCUAUGGAUUUUGUUUUUGAUAAAUAUCUACUUGCAAAUAAUUUGUGAUUUCAUAACCACUAUUUAAAAAAAAAUCAUAUUGACUUUGCUUAUGCAGGACAUAAGUUCCCCAAAUAACUCAAAAAUUGUGGUAGGCAUAUACUAUAGUUACAUACUUUACUUUAGUAGGGAUGUUUUUGAUGUACUUCAGUGAAUCGUUCCAUUUCCUGGUCAUUUAAUUGAUACUUCUUUAGUUCCGGACACAGAUCAUGAAGACUGUUCCUUAAGUACAUACAAAAAUGUUACCAUAUCACCGCCUCUAGUUUAUGUAUUUGCCGAUGUGGUAAAGUAGAUUUUCUACCAAGUUCUACUGUAAACAUUUUAUUAAUUAUGAUAUUUAGAAUAUUUAGACCCAGGAGUAUAUUUAAAAAGUUACACAGCUCAUGUUAAUACAUCAUUAGGUAUCAAAUCAAGCACUUCUGUGUACUACUGCUUACACUACAUAUAGGAGGUACUCUGACCUUUCUAACAGAGAGAGAGAGAGAUUAAUACAGGCCAAAAAAGAAAUUGUCACUUGACAUUAAUUUUAUAAUUUAAAUUUAUAAACUGGUUUUGUGAAGCCUCAGCUUUAACUUGGUGUUUUUAUAUGUACAGAUAUUACAUGGUAAAGUGCAGUAGUUAUCAGGUUGAAAAUAACUGAGUUGUGACGAAACAUAUUCUUGCAAAAUACCUGUGCAGUGUUAAAUCACAAUUCUAUUCAACAAGUAGAUGCCUGAAAUUAGUUGGAAGUAGCUAUUGUGGUACUAAAGGUAUUCAAAAUGUUAACAUUAGAAUUGCCUCAAUGCUUAAUAUCUGAAACCAGUCUGAAUUACAUUUAGAUUUGUAACUAUAAAGGUACAAUACUAGAACUGUAUUAAAGUAUCCAUUACUGACUAUAAAUUAUAUUGUAAACUGGGCCUACAGAUGCACCUGGUUGAGCUUGGUAUCCUGUGAAAGUUUGUUAUUUUCUGAGUAGAUUUUCUUACUGUCUUUAAAUCAGAUUGUCUCUUCUAUAUUGAAAGCAUUUGUUUUCUAAUUUAAAAAUUAAUAUUUUCAUAGAUAUUGUGCAAUAAAGCUACAGUAGGAUGUGUGGUUUUGCAAAUGCUUUAACAGCUGAUAAAUUUUACAUUUGUAAAAUUAAUAUAUUGUACUGGUACAGAAUAGUUUUAAAUUAUAUACACACACACACACACAUAUAUAUAAAACCUAAUUAUUUUGGUCUCUUAUUUCAAUAGAUGACUGCUUUGAAGACAAUAUUUUAUUAGUUCUCACAUUUAAAAAAAACACACUGAAGUGGUUUAUAUUUUCUUGUAUUGAACAGAGAUUUACAAGGCCCAGCUAUGCAAUUCAUUUAUCUACCAAGUUGCACUGUGGUAGCUGCUCUAAAGUUAACACUGCAGGCCAAUGAAUUAAUUUGAAGUGUAAAAUCUGCAGAGUUGGGCUCUUCUUCAUGAAGAGCGAUGAAAAUUCCAAUAAGUCUGCAAAUACAGUAUAUGCACUAUUCAAGCUGAAACAUUCAUGCUACAAGUGCCUGUAAUGGUUUGAAUAAAUCUUUAUUGGCUUUA